CCAUUUCAGCACUAUACUAUCCUAUAACACACUCUAAUCUUUGACAUCUAACACAUUUUAUCGUAAUCUUUAACUCUUUACCCUCUCCGACAAAAUAAGUUACCAUAGUGCUACAUGACCUCAUAUGUCUUAACACAUUUAUUUGUUUCAAAACAUUUAACAUUCAUGAUAUGCAUGUUAUUUUCAUUGAAUAUUUUUCCCCUACUUUCAGUUUGUUGAACAUGUACAAAGAGCUUGAAUCAGAUAUUGAAGGCUGACGGCCUUCUCAUGGGCAUCUAAUUGGCUGGGCAAAACAAGGCGUUCUGCUCCUCAACGUGCUGUCAGUCCGUGCCCACAAUGCCAAUUCACACAAAGACCAAGGCUGGGAGAAGUUCACAGACUCGGUUAUCAAGGCAGUGUCGGAUCGCAACAAGGGCGUCGUGUUUCUCCUGUGGGGUUCUUAUGCACAAAAAAAGCUUCUUCAUUUUGUACAGAAAAAACACCACCUCUUGAACACAACUCCGUCGCCACUGUCAGCUCAUAGAGGUUUCUUGGGAUGCAAGCACUUCUCGAAGUGUAAUGAAAUUCUAAAAAAACAAGGCAAGAAGCCCAUUGACUGGAAUUACUUGCCUCUAGAAAUGUAAAUUUUGUCUUUUUUUUUUUUUUUUUCACAGGUUUAAGAUUUUAGUUGAGUUUUGCCUUCAGACUAUGUGAAUAAUAGUAUUUGUGUAUAUGACACAAAUAAUUGUCUGGGUGACUAAGUUUACUCGCGUCAAACAUUCUGAAGAGUUGAUGAAUUGUUUUAUUUUUUGAGUAAUGUCAUUAUUUACUACUAGUAAAUAAUUAUAUAAAGUCAGUGCAGGAAAGUGACAGCAUUUUAUAUUUACUUUAACUGCAUUUGAUCCUUAGCAGAAUUGGUGUUUGCGAAUGUUUUAAAUAUAUAGUCAUUUAUUAUACAGUAUUCCAGAUCUUUAGAAUUAUGCAAUUAAUAGUGGAUUUUGCAAAAUCAGUUGUUGCUUAGAAUUUUUCCCAGUACUUUGCAGGAAAAGAUGGUACAAGGAAUUUCCUUAUGAAUCUGAAUUUCUGUCCAGUCCCAAUGUAUUUA